AAACCCUCACUGACGCUUGCAAAGUUACUCCCUUCUUCUUCAAACAUCGCUAACAGGGCUAUCUCCAUCGAAUGGGUAGCCAAGCAGCUGUUUCAUUCCUCACGAACAUUGCACGCGCCGCCUUCGGUCUCGGUGCCGCUGCUACCGUCCUUAAUUCCAGCCUCUACACCGUCGAUGGUGGCCAACGUGCCGUUCUCUUCGACCGUUUCCGGGGCAUUCUUGACGAAACAGUCGGCGAGGGAACUCAUUUCCUCAUCCCUUGGGUCCAGAAGCCUUACAUUUUCGACAUUCGCACACGGCCUCACACCUUCUCUUCAGUCUCUGGAACCAAGGACUUGCAGAUGGUCAACCUAACCCUCCGUGUCCUCUCUCGUCCCGAAACGUCUCGCCUCCCAGUGAUAAUCCAGAAUCUUGGUCUCGAGUAUGACGAGAAGGUUCUUCCUUCAAUUGGAAAUGAAGUAUUGAAAGCAGUGGUUGCUCAAUUCAAUGCUGAUCAGCUCCUGACGGAGCGUCCCCAGGUCUCGGCUUUUGUUCGCGAGAGUUUGGUCCGGCGAGCUAAGGACUUCAACAUAGUUCUUGAUGAUGUCGCAAUUACGCAUUUGUCAUAUGGUUUUGAGUUUUCAAGGGCCGUGGAGCAGAAGCAGGUGGCCCAACAAGAGGCAGAAAGGUCCAAGUUCGUGGUGAUGAAGGCGGAGCAGGAAAGAAGGGCUGCCAUUAUUAGAGCUGAGGGAGAGAGUGAAUCUGCUAAGCUAAUUUCAGAUGCAACAGCGGCUGCCGGUACGGGGCUGAUUGAGCUUAGGAGGAUUGAGGCUUCCAGGGAGGUGGCUUCCACUUUAGCCAAGUCGCCUAAUGUAUCCUACCUUCCUGGUGGGCAGCAAUUGCUCAUGGCUCUUAACCCUUCACGGUGAUGCUGGUAAUCUUUCCAGUUUAUAGUUUUUAUUUAUUGUUUUAUAUAUGUCUUGGCUUUUAUUUUUGGUUCGUAGUUGGAGUCCUCUGAAAUGAAAUGGGGUGGUGUAGAGGAAGAACACUUGAUGAAGUUAUUGAGGGGAUCUCUUGUUUAACAAUUCAUGCAAAGAUUUGGUUGUUGUUGGAGAACAAUGCUGUCAUGGGAUCCCUGUUGAUUGUAUUUCUUGUUGUUGUAUUUGUUGCUUUGAUUUAGUAGCUCUUUGUUAUGUUUCA